GAGGGGCGUCACGGCCUGAGCUGAGAGGGGAGUGGAGUUCUGGAGGAAUGUUUACCAGACACAGAGGCCAGAGGGACAGCGCCCAGAGCCCGGAUAGAGAGACACGGCCUCACUGGCUCAGGACGGGGGGCACAGCCACCAGGGUCCCCUUCCCCCUCCUCAGCUCCCUCCCUGGCCCCUUUAAGAAAGAGCUGAUCCUCUCCUCUCUUGAGUUAACCCCUGAUUGUCCAGGUGGCCCCUGGGCUCUGGCCCUGGUGGGCGGAGGCAAAGGGGGAGCCAGGGGCGGAGAAAGGGUUGCCCAAGUCUGGGAGUGAGAGAAGGAGGCAGGGGUGCUGAGAAGGCGGCUGCUGGGCAGAGCCGGUGGCAAGGGCCUCCCCUGCCGCUGUGCCAGGCAGGCAGUGCCAAAUCCGGGGAGCCUGGAGCUGGGGGGAGGGCCGGGGACAGCCCGGCCCUGCCCCCUCCCCUGCUGGGAGCCCAGCAACUUCUGAGGAAAGUUUGGCACCCAUGGCGUGGCGGUGCCCCAGGAUGGGCAGGGUCCCGCUGGCCUGGUGCUUGGCACUGUGCAGCUGGGCGUGCAUGGCCCUCAGGGGCACGCAGGCUGAAGAAAGUCCCUUCGUGGGCAACCCAGGGAAUAUCACAGGUGCCCGGGGACUCACGGGCACCCUUCGGUGUCAGCUCCAGGUUCAGGGAGAGCCCCCCGAGGUACACUGGCUUCGGGACGGACAGAUCCUGGAGCUCGCGGACAGCACCCAGACCCAGGUGCCCCUGGGUGAGGAUGAACAGGAUGACUGGAUAGUGGUCAGCCAGCUCAGAAUCACCUCCCUGCAGCUUUCCGACACGGGACAGUACCAGUGUUUGGUGUUUCUGGGACAUCAGACCUUCGUGUCCCAGCCUGGCUACGUUGGGCUGGAGGGCUUGCCUUACUUCCUGGAGGAGCCCGAGGACAGGACUGUGGCCGCCAACACCCCCUUCAACCUGAGCUGCCAAGCCCAGGGACCCCCAGAGCCCGUGGACCUACUCUGGCUCCAGGAUGCUGUCCCCCUGGCCACGGCUCCAGGUCACGGCCCCCAGCGCAGCCUGCAUGUUCCAGGGCUGAACAAGACAUCCUCUUUCUCCUGCGAAGCCCAUAAUGCCAAGGGGGUCACCACAUCCCGCACAGCCACCAUCACAGUGCUCCCCCAGCAGCCCCGUAACCUCCACCUGGUCUCCCGCCAACCCACGGAGCUGGAGGUGGCUUGGACUCCAGGCCUGAGCGGCAUCUACCCCCUGACCCACUGCACCCUGCAGGCUGUGCUGUCAGAUGAUGGGAUGGGCAUCCAGGCGGGAGAACCAGACCCCCCAGAGGAGCCCCUCACCUCGCAAGCAUCCGUGCCCCCCCAUCAGCUUCGGCUAGGCAGCCUCCAUCCUCACACCCCUUAUCACAUCCGCGUGGCAUGCACCAGCAGCCAGGGCCCCUCAUCCUGGACCCACUGGCUUCCUGUGGAGACGCCGGAGGGAGUGCCCCUGGGCCCCCCUGAGAACAUUAGUGCCACGCGGAAUGGGAGCCAGGCCUUCGUGCAUUGGCAGGAGCCCCGGGCGCCCCUGCAGGGUACCCUGUUAGGGUACCGGCUGGCGUAUCAAGGCCAGGACACCCCAGAGGUGCUAAUGGACAUAGGGCUAAGGCAAGAGGUGACCCUGGAGCUGCAGGGGGACGGGUCUGUGUCCAAUCUGACAGUGUGUGUGGCAGCCUACACUGCUGCUGGGGAUGGACCCUGGAGCCUCCCAGUACCCCUGGAGGCCUGGCGCCCAGGGCAAGCACAGCCAGUCCACCAGCUGGUGAAGGAACCUUCAACUCCUGCCUUCUCGUGGCCCUGGUGGUAUGUACUGCUAGGAGCAGUCAUGGCCGCUGCCUGUGUCCUCAUCUUGGCUCUCUUCCUUGUCCACCGGCGAAAGAAGGAGACCCGUUAUGGAGAAGUGUUUGAACCAACAGUGGAAAGAGGUGAACUGGUAGUCAGGUACCGCGUGCGCAAGUCCUACAGUCGUCGGACCACUGAAGCUACCUUGAACAGCCUGGGCAUCAGUGAAGAGCUGAAGGAGAAGCUGCGGGAUGUGAUGGUGGACCGGCACAAGGUGGCCCUGGGGAAGACUCUGGGAGAGGGAGAGUUUGGAGCUGUGAUGGAAGGCCAGCUCAACCAGGACGACUCCAUCCUCAAGGUGGCUGUGAAGACGAUGAAGAUUGCCAUCUGCACGAGGUCAGAGCUGGAGGAUUUCCUGAGUGAAGCGGUCUGCAUGAAGGAAUUUGACCAUCCCAAUGUCAUGAGGCUCAUCGGUGUCUGUUUCCAGGGUUCUGAACGAGAGAGCUUCCCAGCACCUGUGGUCAUCUUACCUUUCAUGAAACAUGGAGACUUACACAGCUUCCUCCUCUAUUCCCGGCUCGGGGACCAGCCAGUGUACCUGCCCACUCAGAUGCUAGUGAAGUUCAUGGCAGACAUCGCCAGUGGCAUGGAGUAUCUGAGUACCAAGAGAUUCAUACACCGGGACCUGGCAGCCAGGAACUGCAUGCUGAAUGAGAACAUGUCCGUGUGUGUGGCGGACUUCGGGCUCUCCAAGAAGAUCUACAAUGGGGACUACUACCGCCAGGGACGUAUCGCCAAGAUGCCAGUCAAGUGGAUUGCCAUUGAGAGUCUAGCUGACCGUGUCUACACCAGCAAGAGCGAUGUGUGGUCCUUCGGGGUGACAAUGUGGGAGAUUGCCACAAGAGGCCAAACCCCAUAUCCAGGUGUGGAGAACAGCGAGAUUUAUGACUAUCUGCGCCAGGGAAAUCGCCUGAAGCAGCCUGCGGACUGUCUGGAUGGACUGUAUGCCUUGAUGUCGCGGUGCUGGGAGCUAAAUCCCCAGGACCGGCCAAGUUUUACAGAGCUGCGGGAAGAUUUGGAGAACACACUGAAGGCCUUGCCUCCUGCCCAGGAGCCUGACGAAAUCCUCUAUGUCAACAUGGAUGAGGGUGGAGGUUAUCCUGAACCCCCUGGAGCUGCGGGAGGAGCUGACCCCCCAACCCAGCCAGACCCUAAGGAUUCCUGUAGCUGCCUCACUGCGGCUGAGGUCCAUCCAGCUGGACGCUAUGUCCUCUGCCCUUCCACAACCCCUAGCCCCCCUCAGCCUGCUGAUAGGGGCUCCCCAGCAGCCCCAGGGCAGGAGGAUGGUGCCUGAGACAACCCUCCACCUGGUACUCCCUCUCAGGAUCUAAGCUAGGCACUGCCACUGGGGGAAACUCCAUCUUCCCACUUUCCCACCCCACGCCUUAUCCCCACUUGCAGCCCUGUCUUCCUACCUAUCCCACCUCCAUCCCAGACAGGUCCCUCCCCUUCUCUGUGCAGUAGCAUCACCUUGAAAGCAGUAGCAUCACCAUCCGUAAAAGGAAGGGGUUGGAUUGCAAUAUCUGAAGUCCUCCCAGGUGUUAACAUUCCAAGACUCUAGAGUCCAAGGUUUAAAGAGUCUAGAUUCAAAGGUUCUAGGUUUCAAAGAUGCUGUGAGUCUUUGGUUCUAAGGACCUGAAAUUCCAAAGUCUCUAAUUCUAUUAAAGUGCUAAGGUUCUAAGGCCUACUUUUUUUUUUUUUUUUUUGAGAUAGAGUCUUACUGUGUCACCCAGGCUGGAGUGCAGUGGUGCAAUCUCGCCUCACUGCAACCUUCACGUACCGAGUUCAAGUGAUUUUCCUGCCUUGGCCUCCCAAGUAGCUGGGAUUACAGGUGUGUGCCACCACACCCGGCUAAUUUUUAUAUUUUUAGUAGAGACAGGGUUUCACCAUGUUGGCCAGGCUGGUCUAAAACUCCUGACCUCAAGUGAUCUGCCCACCUCAGCCUCCCAAAGUGCUGAGAUUACAGGCAUGAGCCACUGCACUCAACCUUAAGACCUACUGUUCUAAAGCUCUGACAUUCUGUGGUUUUAGAUUUUCUGGUUCUAACAUUUUUGAUAAAGCCUCAAGGUUUUAGGUUCUAAAGUUCUAAGAUUCUGAUUUUAGGAGCUAAGGCUCUAUGAUUCUAGAUGUUUAUUUUUCUAGAGUUCAGAGUCCUUAAAAGGUAAGAUUAUAGAUUCUAAAGAUUCUAUAGUUCUAGACAUGGAGGUUCUAAGGCCUAGGAUUCUAAAAUGUGAUGUUCUAAGGCUCUGAGAGUCUAGAUUCUCUGGCUGUAAGGCUCUAGAUCAUAAGGCUUCAAAAUGUUAUCUUCUCAAGUUCUAAGAUUCUAAUGAUGAUCAGUUAUAGUUUCUGAGGCUUUAUGAUAAUAGAUUCUCUUGUAUAAGAUCCUAGAUCCUAAGGGUCGAAAGCUCUAGAAUCUGCAAUUCAAAAGUUCCAAGAGUCUAAAGAUGGAGUUUCUAAGGUCCGGUGUUCUAAGAUGUGAUAUUCUAAGACUUACUCUAAGAUCUUAGAUUCUCUGUGUCUAAGAUUCUAGAUCAGAUGCUCCAAGAUUCUAGAUGAUUAAAUAAGAUUCUAAUGGUCUGUUCUGUUUCAAGGCACUCUAGAUUCCAUUGGUCCAAGAUUCCGGAUCCUAAGCAUCUAAGUUAUAAGACUCUCACACUCAGUUGUGACUAACUAGACACCAAAGUUCUAAUAAUUUCUAAUGUUGGACACCUUUAGGUUCUUUGCUGCAUUCUGCCUCUCUAGGACCAUGGUUAAGAGUCCAAGAAUCCACAUUUCUAAAAUCUUAUAGUUCUAGGCACUGUAGUUCUAAGACUCAAAUGUUCUAAGUUUCUAAGAUUCUAAAGGUCCACAGGUCUAGACUAUUAGGUGCAAUUUCAAGGUUCUAACCCUAUACUGUAGUAUUCUUUGGGGUGCCCCUCUCCUUCUUAGCCAUCAUUGCUUCCUCCUCCCCAACUGUGGGGGUGUGCCCCCUUCAAGCCUGUGCAAUGCAUUAGGGAUGCCUCCUUUCCCGCAGGGGAUGGACGAUCUCCCACCUUUCGGGCCAUGUUGCCCCCGUGAGCCAAUCCCUCACCUUCUGAGUACAGAGUGUGGACUCUGGUGCCUCCAGAGGGGCUCAGGUCACAUAAAACUUUGUAUAUCAACGA